GACCUAGGUAGGACGAGAGAUCAUAUCUCACACACCCAGCUAUGAAUCCGAAUACGAAUAUCCUCAUCGUCGGAGCAGGCUGCUUUGGCACCUCCACUGCAUAUCACCUCGCUCAACGCGGUUUCACCUCGAUCCGUGUGUUGGAUCGAUAUCCAGCGCCGUCGUGCGAGGCUGCUUCCACGGAUAUCAGCAAGAUCAUUCGCAGCGAUUACAACGAGCCGUUGUAUGCGCGGCUGGGCAUUGAGGCCAUUGCCGCUUGGCAGUCGGAGGAACUGUUCCGCGACUUGUACCAUGUGCCGGGCUGGGUGCUGAGCGCGUACAAGCUGUCCUGCGCGUUUGUGGAAGGGUCGAUUGAGACAAGUACCAGGCUUGGGGUGAAGGGUUUGGAGCGACUGUCGCCGGAGCAGAUCCGGGAGCGGUUCCCCCUGGUGACGGGCAAGCUGGACGGGUGGAAUGUGAAUGUUUGGAACCCUACGGCUGGCUGGGCGGCUGCAGGGGAGGCGCUCCGUCGCAUGGCCGUUGCAGCGCAGGAAAAAGGGGUGGAGUAUUUCUCUGGGGAGCAAGGCUGGGUCAAGCGGCUGGUGUUCGAGGAAGGAGGGUGCUGCACUGGGGUGGUCACGGCCGACGGGGCCACGCAUGUCGCGGACCUGGUCGUGGUGGCCGCGGGGGCGUGGACGCCCUCGUUGCUCGAUGUGGCCGGCCAGUUGACGGCUAAGGGGCACAGCGUGGCGCACAUUCAGCUCUCCCCGGCGGAAACGGCACACUACUCGGCAUUCCCCAUCAUGGACAACCUGGAGCUGGGCUAUUUCUUUCCACCGCAGGCCGACGGGGUGUUUAAAAUGGCGCACAGCCAAUUCAUCACCAAUGUGCAGACGGACGCAGAGUCGGGGAUUACGACCUCCAUCCCUCACACCUUUGUGCAGAGCCCGCAAGAUGAUCUUCCGCUGGAGAUUGAAGCCCAGAUGCGUCGCAACCUGCGGCGAGUCCUGCCGGAACUGGCCGACCGGCCGUUCUGCUAUACGCGCCUCUGCUGGGAUGCCGAUACCGCCGACCGCCAUUUCCUGAUCUCACCGCAUCUCGAUCACCCGGGGCUGUACAUCGCUGCUGGGGGGUCCGCACAUGGGUUCAAGUUCCUGCCCGUAUUGGGCAAGUACAUUGCUGACCUGCUGGAGGGAAAGCUGGAGCCCGAGAUCGGUCGCAAGUGGCAGUGGCGUGCUGGCCAGAAGGUGACGGCGAAGAACUUGGCUCAUCUGGACCCGGAGCUGGAGUUAACUGAGCUGACGGGGUGGAAGGGGCGGAAGACCCGUGAGAAAGGCUCGCGCUUGUAG